AUGGUUGAUUUCUCGCACUAUCCUUAUCCAGAAUACGAGGUGAGUAAAGCAGCUGCUGGUACUCUUGCUGCUGUCAUCGGUAUUUCAUUAAUUGGGUGGAUUGUUCAAUCGGUUCAAAUACAUUUCAGACCACGUCGACCUUUGAUUCUUAUUCUUAUUUCUCAUAUAACUAUUCUCAUCGAGCACAUAUUACAUGCAGCUUUUUCUAAAGGCACGAAUAAUUCGAGAGGGGGUUUUACAGCCUUAUCAGUUCUGCUGGCCGUUAGUCUACGUACGAUUAUUUUAGCUAAUUACGAUUUGCUCACACAAGUAGAUAAACUCAAACCGUGGAUUUCUCGAACUAUUCUUCUGGGAUCGGUUCUUCUCGGUAUCACAUCGGCAGUUCUCAUGGCUCCAGCCGGUGCAUUAUCAGAUAACCCUAAUACACGCGAUACGAGCAUCCAGCUACGACAAGCAUCAUCUGGAAUUGUUCUCGGUUUGACUGUUCUUUUCUAUCCAGUCUGGUUUGCAACAAAAACAGUAAAAAAGAUGACAAAACAAGCCAUUAUUCUCUUGAUUAUCUCAAGUAUUGCUUGUUUGAUUGUUGCUGUCUAUCUUGUGAUUAUAUCGGUUCCAGAGUAUUAUGUUAAGUCAAAUGAAAGAGAACUGUGGCUGUAUAUUUUUCAAAUCACACCCACCAUUAUCGCACUACUCACAUGGACAAUCUUGCAUCCGAAACGAACUUUAAAGCCAGUAGAAUCACCAACAGAACUGAAAAAAGAGUCGCCAGAAGACGAAAAAGUCAAAACUGAUAUUGACGAUGACUUGCAAAUGGUGCGACUCUAA